AUGUCAGAAGAAGCCAAGACUGCUGCCGUUCCAGCAGUUACCACAACUGCAGGUAACUCUGCACCUGCUGAAUCUAAGCAACUUUCUAAUAAGGAACUCAAGGAAUUGAAGAAGAAGGAAAAGGCAGCUAAAAGAGCAGCGCAAAAGACCGCCAUAGGUAUUACUCCUGAACAACAACAAAAAAUGGCAGAACAAAAGAUUGAAAAGAAGAAACAACAAACUGCAACUGCCACCAACUUGAAAAAACAAUUAGAUCAGACUUUACUUAAACCUGAUGUUAGAAAAGUUCCACAUUUGUUCGGACAUUUAGAAACCAGAGAACAACGUAAUGCUUCAAGUCCUUCAAUAUCCCACAUUGUUCAUCCUGCUAUUCUUUCAUUAACUUUGAAAUAUUCAAAUUAUAAAGUUGUUGGUUCAACCUCCAGAGCCAAGAAUAUGUUGAUUGUUUUUAAGAAAGUUAUUGAAGAUUAUGUUACUCCUGCAAAUACUACUUUAACCAGACAUUUAACUGGACAUUUGUCUCACCAAAUUGAAUAUUUGAAGCUGGGUAGACCAUUAUCUGUGUCUAUGGGGAAUGCCAUUAGGUGGUUGAAGCAAGAGAUUUCUAAUAUAUCUAUAGACACUACCGAAGCUCAAGCUAAAGAAAUACUAUGUCUGAAAAUUGAUGAUUUUGUCAAGGAAAAGAUUGAAUAUUCAGAUAAAUUGAUUGUCGACAUUGCUUCUAAGCAUAUCGUGGAUGGAUGCACAGUUUUGACCUAUGGACAUUCGCAAGUAUUGGAAGAGUUGUUCCAAUAUUGCGUUCUCGAACAAGGUAAAAGGUUUAAUUUGAUUAUUGUUGAUUCCAGACCAUUGUUUGAAGGUAAAAAGUUGUUGAAGAAUUUAGUAAACACUUUUUUACCUGAUGACGAUAUUAAUGACUUGGAAUCAAUCAAUAGUGCAAAAUUCAGAAUGCGUGAACCUAUUACCAAGAACCAUAUCAGCGUGCACUAUGUUUUACUCAAUUCUUUAGCCUCUACACUUUUAAGAGAUGUUGAUGUGGUAUUUUUAGGUGCUCAUGCCAUGUUAUCCAAUGGUCGUCUUUACUCAAGAGUAGGUACUGCUUUGGUUGCUAUGAUGUGUCAUACAAGAAACAUUCCAGUAUUGACAUGUUGUGAAUCAAUCAAAUUUUCAGAUAAAGUACAAUUAGAUUCAGUUACUACUAAUGAAUUAGCUGAUGCUGAUGAUUUAAUUCGUAAUAUAGAUUCAAAGAAACCACCACAAAAGAAGUCAUUUGCAUUGGAACAAUUCAUAAAACAACAAGAAGAACAGAACAAGCCUAAUAAACAACAAAACACCAAGAAAGGAACACAAACUCCUACUGAGGAAUCUAAUGAAGAUGAAUCAGAACCAUUAAAGAAUUGGAAGGAAAUGAAGAGUUUGAAUAUAUUGAACAUCUUGUAUGAUUUGACUCCCCCUGAAUAUAUUGAUAAAGUAAUUACUGAAUUAGGUUCCUUACCUCCAAGUUCUGUUCCUGUUAUUUUAAGAGAAUAUAAAAAUACAUAG